AUGUUAGAUUAAAGUGAGGCGUAUAGGAUUGAAGAUAAACUAUUACUUACAAAAUAAGUCAAUACUAUUGGAAAGUAUAAGUUCUUUAUUUGAAUGUUAGCGCUUUUUAAUCAAUGAGAGCCAAAUUUUAUGGAAUUAGAAUGAAGAACAAAGCAAUUCAAAAUAAGAAACGAUAUCAAUAACUUGCACCUAUUCAUUAUCAUAUUAUAAAGGACGUUUCUCGAAAAGAAUAUUAUUAGUAAGAAAAAUAAUGAUUAUUUUGAAAAGUGUCAUAGAAAACUGGAUAAGUAUGGGGAAAAGUAAACAAAUCUAAAUUAGCCAGAUUGAAAAGAAAAUUAAGUAGAAAGUGGAGAUAAAUAAAGAAGUCAAAAAUUGCAUAGAAAAUAACUAAAUCAAUAAAGUUUAUUCCAAUAAUAAAUCCAAACAACGAUUUGAAAUUAAUAUGGGAUAUAUUUUUAGCUUUCAUAAGAUUUUAUCUUUUAUUUGUAAUUCCAUAUGAGACAGCAUUCAAUAAUAAAUUAUUAUACAAUUAACUUUUAUGGACAUUAUAAGUAUCAACAGCCUUAUUAAUUUUUGAUAUUAUACUAAAUUUCAUCACAUCAUUUUAUGAGAAAGGAUAUUUGAUUACAAAUCAUUAAAAGGUAGUUUGUAAUUACUUAAGGAAUGGUUUUAUUUAUGAUAUAUUUUGUGUAGUGACUUUAGUUUUAGUUCUUGCUUAAGAACUUAAUGAACAGAAUGACUACAUUGAUUAUAAACAUCAAUCUUUACGAGAAUAUGAUUAUUUAAGAAGUGUAAUUAGUAUUUUAGGAAUUAUUAUCUAAUUAUAAAAUAUAAUAAGAGUAUUUUAAAGAUUAUAAAAUAGUUAAGAUUAUUCAGAAACUACUUCAUUGCUAUUAGAUUUAGUAAGUUUUUAUUUUUAUAAAGAUUAAAUUGGUUAUGUUUCUAUUCUUGUUAGAACAUUUGUUCAGCUGUAUUUGGUAUUUUGUUGGAAUUUAAGAAAUUGCUGAAGAUUCAUGGAUAAAAGCAAAUGGAUUAUCAAAUGCAUCAUAUACGGAUUAAUAUAUAACAGCAUUUUAUUUCUCAUCUGUAACAAUGUUUACUGUAGGAUAUGGUGAUGUAGUUCCAAAGAGUAUUAAAUUAAUAAUAAAUCAUAAUAGAUAUAUACGAAAGAUUAGUUACAAUAGGAUUUAUGGUUUGUUCAACUUUAUAAUUGUCAUAUACAAUUUCAGCAAUUUGGAAUGUUUAUUCAAAAUUAAAUGAAAAAAGAGAGGAACAUAUUCGUAAAAUGAGAGCUAUUAAUACCUAUAUGAAGAGUGUGAAUAUAUCUAAUCAAUUAAAAUAUGAAAUUAGAGAAUAUUUAACAUUUUAUUGGAAGGAAUAAAAAUUAGAAGAAAACUUAGAAGUCAAAGAUACAAUUGGAUAAUUAUCUUAAGAUCUUUAAGAGAAUCUUAUAUUUGAAGCUAAUUCCAUAAUAGUAAAAGGUUGUAAAUUAUUUAAUGAUUAUUUUUCUCAUGAAUUUAAAGCUGAAUGUUUAAAGAAUGUUUAAUCAAUAACUCUUACACCUUGUAAAUCAGUUCCUUUUGAUUAACCUUGUUUAUUCUUUAUAGAGAGAGGAUCUAUAGGAACAUAUUUUAGAAAUAAUAGAUUAAGAUUAGCCACAUUAUAGAUAGGAGAUAAUUUUGGAUUAAGAGAGUUUAUGUUAGAUGAAAUUCCGUCAUUGAGAUAUACAUCAGUUGCUUUUAGUAAAUUAGUUUUCAUAACAAAAAAAGACUUUAUGAAAGUGCUAUUAAAAUUUCCAGAAGAUCAUGAAUAAUAUUGUUAAUUGAAGGAGUAACUCAUCUUUGAUUAAUCAUAUUUUGCCAUGGAUUGUUAUUCAUGUAAAAGUAUUUAACAUAAUGUUCAACAAUGUCCUUUACUUACUUUCAAUCCAGACAAAGGAUCAGUAAUUAAAAAACAUCAAUAUCCUUUAUAAUAACAAAGAAAACCUUAUAAAAGAAAAUUUGAUAAAAAAAGAAGAGCUAUCUUUAAAGAACUUAAAUAAAAUGAUAAUUUAGAUAAGAUAUAGCUUACUAUUCCUACUAUAGAAUCAUCUGAUUCUUCUGAAUUCGAAUUAAAAGAAUCAUGGAAAGCAUCUCAUUCAAAUUAUUUUUAAUAAAUGUAAAGUGUAGCAAAAAGAUAAUUUUCCAAUAGACAAGCUUUUAAUAUUAAAUAGAUAAAAUAAAAAUUACAUCCUCCCAAAUAAUCAAUCUUAACCUUAGAAUUACAUAAUCCAAGAGAGUUAGAUGAUGAUUAAAUUAGAGAAAGUGAUAAAAUUUUGUUAGAAGAUCUUAAAUUAAGAUUGAAUCCAAGAGUCAAUUUAGAAUUAGAUUGCAUUAAGAAUUAUAAGAAUUAUUAUCCUUAAUAUAAUUCUUCUUGGCUUUUUAAAACUACAAAAAUAAACUUGAAAUUCUUUGAAUAAUGGAAGUAAUUAAGUCUCUUUCUAACGUUUCCAUAUGAAUUCAUUAAGUAAUAAUUCAUAUUAUUUAAAAGGAAAUAUCGAAAAACAGUAUUAAGAGAGAAUUAACUUGUAAGCCCAUAAAAAGAACCUGAUCAUAAGAGAAAAAAAAAGAGAGCAACUGCAUUGUAUUUUAAACCGGUCUAAGUGAAAUGA